UAAACGAAUUUUAAUUGUGUUGUAAUUACAUUGGUAGCAGCGGCAUUUGAUUGGUGCGGUCUGGGUGCAUCAUUGGCGCACAUCUGUCGCUCCGCCUUCUAUUAGCCAGCCUGGCCGACGUGCUGUAGCUGCGCAGCUCCGAAGGCAGAAGAGUCCGAGCGGAGGGAACGGAGGGCGGCAGGAGACGAGCUCAGGUCAGCGGUGUGGCAGAAAACAUUCUCAGCUCAUGUCCACGCGCUGCAACCUCUGGAUUUAAAUCACGGCAGCCUCCGGCCAGCUUUACCUAAACAGAAAGGGACAAUAGCCGGAGUCCUGCAACGCCUUCAGAAGUUUCUCCGCCGAGUUUGAGGGGUGUUUAUUUAUUAUUCUGAGUGGACCGACCAGCCGUGAGCCCGUCCUGGUCCGUCCAGUCAGCCGUGACCGAGACCUCUGUCCUGGUUUGUCUUCCAGCUGUUGGGAAUCAUGGCGCUCAGAGCCAGGGCGCUUUACGACUUCAGCUCUGAAAACCCGGGGGAGCUGUCGGUGAAGGAGAACGAAGUCCUAACCUUGUACAGCGAGCAGGACAUCGACGGCUGGCUCGAGGGGACGAACAGCCGAGGGCAGAGAGGACUGUUCCCCGCUUCGUAUGUGGAAAUCCUGAGAAACGACGCUGCUUCCUCUUCGGUUAACAGCUGCAGCACAUCUGGAGAGCCCCGGUACUCUAACAUCCCGGCUGGAGGCUUUGAGAGCAAAACUGAAAACUUUUCUAAACCAUCUGCUCCGAGUUUUGGUACUUUUACCGUUCCCCAGCACCAGCAGCCCAGUCAGGGCAGUGAUGAUGACUGGGAUGAUGACUGGGAUGACAGCUCCACUGUGGCGGAUGAGCCAGGGACUGUUGCAGGAAGGUACACUGACCAUGAAGGCAAUGGUCCCUCCACCUACAGAGUGUCGACAUCCUCAUCGAGAGCUAAUGCACAGCAACAGACAAGGAGCUCUGCUACAGUCGGCAGGAACCUAAACAGGUUCUCCACCUUCGUAAAGUCCGGAGGAGAGGCGUUUGUGCUCGGGGAGGCGUCGGGGUUUGUGAAGGACGGGGAUAAGAUCUGUGUGGUGAUGGGUGAGUAUGGUCCAGAGUGGCAGGAGAACCCUUACCCGUUCACCUGUACGAUCGAUGACCCCACCAAACAGACCAAGUUCAAGGGCAUGAAAAGCUACAUUUCCUAUAAGCUGACGCCCACACACACACACAUCCAAGUGAACAGGAGGUAUAAACACUUUGACUGGCUGUACGCUCGCCUAGCGGAGAAGUUUCCCGUCAUCUCAGUGCCACACUUGCCAGAGAAGCAGGCCACAGGGCGCUUUGAGGAAGACUUCAUCUCCAAGAGGAGGAAAGGCCUCAUAUGGUGGAUGAACCACAUGACCAGCCACCCUGUGCUGGCUAGGUGUGAUGUUUUCCAGCACUUCCUCAUGUCCAACAGCACAGACGAGAAGGCCUGGAAGAAGGGAAAAAGGAAGGCGGAGAAGGACGAGAUGGUCGGAGCCAACUUUUUCCUCACCAUCAGCACUCCACCAGCUCCGCUCGACUUCCAGGACGUCGAGAGCAAAAUAGACGGAUUCAAGACGUUCACAAAAAGAAUGGAUGACAGCAGCUUACAGCUCAAUGCCACUGUGAAUGAGUUUGCUCGCAAACAGAUCAGUGGCUUUAAGAAGGAGUAUCAAAAAGUGGGAAUGUCCUUUAAGGCCCUGAGCCAAGCCUUUGAGAUGGACCAGCAGGUGUACUCCUCGGGACUGAACCUGGCCAUCUCCUUCACCGGAGAUGCAUACGAGUCAAUUGGAGAGUAUUUCUCUGAGCAGCCCAGCAAGGAUCUUGACCCAGUUAUGGAUCUUCUAGCUCUUUAUCAAGGGCAUCUGGCAAACUUCCCAGACAUCAUCCAUGUCCAAAAAGGAGCCCUGACGAAGGUGAAGGAGAGCCAAAAGCACGUGGAGGAAGGCAAGAUGGACCGGACGCAGGCGGAAGGCAUCCACGAACGCUGCAACAUCAUCUCCUGCGCCACGCUGGCUGAGAUCCAACACUUCCACCAGAUCCGCGUGCGAGACUUCAGGGCCCAGAUGCAGCACUAUCUCCAGCAGCAGAUUGCUUUCUUCCAGAAAGUCACGGGCAAGCUAGAGGAGGCUCUGAAGAAGUACGACAACGUGUAACAGACGGCUUCGUGACGGAGCCCGUCGGUCUGAUGACGAACGUCCGCGCUCUGCCCGUGAUGAGCAGCCUUGGGGACUUUGGCGAGAAGCGCCUGCUGGAUGCUGCUGGGCGAGAGUGAGCUCGAGUCACUGAGUAAAGUGUUUGUAUUUGUUCUUUCUCACCCAGGCUGCCACUUCUGGUGACCACGCUCUGGGGUGUGCUCGUAUUUAAGGGAGGAUGUGUACGCAUCGCUAGCUUUAACACACAGAUGUGUUCAGGUAUCAAAAUGAGAAUCAGAUGAAGUGAAUCAACUCUAUGAACUGCAGAGAGAGAGAGAGAGAGAGAGCGAGAGCGAGAGAGAGAGAGAGAGAGAGAGAGUGAGUCUGCCAGCGUUUUUAGCCUUAUGAACACUGGUCUUGAGUGAUUGAUGAAUCGACUACUAUUCUGGGAGCAGAGACGUUCUUGUGGCCAAUGCAAUGCCUUCAGGAGACCGAGACCCCCCCCACCACACACACACACACACACACACACACACACACACACACACC